UUGGUUUUCGUUGCCCGUUGCCAGAUUUUUGAUGUCAAAUCGUUUCGCGUGUGACAGAAAUAGUAUCCUAAAAUAUACGUGAAUCUCUUGCACGUUUUCUUGACGAUAACAUUCAAGAUUCUUCAAUUAAAAUGCCAGAAGACCAGAACCUUGUGCAAUGUUAUAACCGUGGCUGCGGUCAAAUGUUUGACCCCAGUAAAAAUGACAAAGAUGAAUGCCGUCACCACCCCGGUACUCCUGUAUUCCACGAUGCAUAUAAAGGCUGGUCUUGCUGCAACAAGAAAAGUGUUGACUUUACCGAAUUCUUGAACAUCAAGGGAUGUACACUGUCAAAGCAUUCUAAUGAGAAACCUCCUGAACCUGAGAAGAAGGCUUUGGACAAAGAGUUGGAUAAAAAGGAAGUAAUUGAAGUGAGGGCACCAGUAGUUGGCCCUCAACUGCCAAGGCCUCCAUUUGAGACUCCUCUGGUUACAGUGAAACCCACUAUAGCUGAAGCCUUAAAGCAAGCGGUACAAAAUACAACACAACCAACAGCUGCUUCCACUGAUGGAAGCAUAGCAAUUGGCACAUCUUGCAAGAAUGGAGGGUGUGGAGUAACUUAUGAGGGUCCGCAUUCCAAUGAUAGCAUGUGUACUCACCACCCUGGCUGCCCAGUGUUCCAUGAAGGUCUUAAGUUUUGGUCCUGUUGUCAGAAAAGAACUACAGACUUCAACACUUUCCUAAGUCAACCUGGAUGCACAACUGGCACCCAUAAAUGGACUAAAGAGGGUACACCCGCAGGAACUGUGAAGUGUCGCUGGGACUGGCACCAAACACCUGAGCAUGUAAUUGUUAGUGUGUAUGCCAAGAAGUAUGAUCCUGUACUAAGUUAUGUAAAGCUGAACCCUAUUCGCCUGAACACAAAAUUGGUAUUCCGAGAGCAAGGUGAUGCAUCAUUUGAAUUGGAUUUAGAACUCAGAGGUGUUAUCAGUGUAGAAAAUAGUACUGCAUCAAUGUUGUCAACAAAAAUCGAGAUAAAGUUAAAGAAAGGCGAACCAGGGGCAUGGAGCAAAUUGGAUUUCCCUCGAACAGAGCCCAAGAAAGAAGAAGCCCCAAAACCUGUGGAACCAGCAGCUGAUGACUAUGAGGACCUUUCCACAGUAGAAGCCAUACAAUCUAUUGGGAAAGUUAAUGUAACCGGUUGAAGAACUAAAACUAAAUCUAUAUUUUGUAGUUAACUAUAUUUUUUAUUAAGCACAAUGUUGUUCUCAGUGACAUAACUUUAUUGUAUUUUUCUGCUCUAAUGGUAGAUGUGCAUUUAUUCAUUGAAAAUAAAAUGUGCUUGUACUAUUAUGAA